AUGGCUGCCAGGAGCCUUGCUCUGCCAGCUGGCCAGGAGGCCUUCGUCGUUGCUGGGCCUCGGCAGGCCCAAGCUCCUGGCCGAGUGGCAGGCACCAGCCAGAGCCCCGGCCUCGCACCUUUGGCGCCUUUGGCCAGCGUCGCCGCCGCUGCGGCAGCCACCGCCGCGGCAGGCAGACGCCAGCAGAGGCAGCGCGUGGCUUGCCGCGCGGAGCGGCAGUCGGCAGCGGCCAGGAAGGCGGUGACGGAGAAGCUGGUCACCAGCAUCGACCCCUCCGCCGGGCCUGAGGGCACGUACCAGGUUGGCAUCGACUUCAAGAACUGGCUGCAGUCCGCGAAAGAGGAGCUGAAGGUGGAUAACCUGAAGGUGGAGGGGAAGGUUCCGGCGUGGCUCCGGGGGCAUCUCGUCCGGGACAGCGGUAGCGGUAGCCUCCCGCGAUGGAUUCAGGAGAAGCAGGUGAUGAUGGAAGAAGAGGAGCUGCUGAGACCCCGGCGAAUGGGCGCGCCAGGCGCCGGGCAGAUGCUGGCGGGGGAGAACGUGGAGCCCUUCGCGGUGGCCUUCGGCGGGGGGGGCGUGCGCUCAGGCGCCUUUUGCAGUGGCGUGCUGUGGGCUCUGGCGGAGACCAACCGACUCCGGCACGUCACCCAUAUCUCCUCGGUGUCCGGAGGCUCCAUUGCGGCCUCCGGUUUCUCAUCCUUCCUGGUUGCCCGCCAGUCUACUGCCCCACGCGGGCAGGGCUUGGACCAGUGGUACCGGGAAGUGGUGGCGGAGUUUAUCGAGCGCAGCCAGCGGAAUGCUGGAUACCUCGUGUCCUUUGACAAUCUCUGGAAGGCGCCUGAAGACCAUUCCUCCAAGGUCCCGAGGAGCUUGGACCUGCCCCUGAUGUGCUUGGUGGUGCUCGGGGUUCUGGUGGCAGCGCCUCUCAUCUUUUGCGUGUUCUACGUGGUGCCAGUGUCCAUGCUCAUAGAGGCCUUCUGGGGCGGCGCCAUGCGGGACUGCUUCUGCAUACCGCCUCCAAAGGAGCAGUGCGGGUUCCUGGACCUCUUGCAGGUGGAUGGCACCGCGUCCCACAGGAUCGAGGGGAGCUUUAGCCUGGUGGUCUUGGUCUUCUUCGUGACUCUGCUGGUGAUCCUAGCUUUCGUGUACUCAUGCUGCGGCAUUGAGAACAGCCGGAUUGGCGAUAACCCAAAGCGGUAUCUCCACUGGCGUGCCCUGGUUCAUCUCAGCAGCCGCUGGCUGGUCAUGCUGGUCUUGAUCGCUGCCACGGUGCAGCUAGUCUUUCAAGCAGAGCUGUGGGACUACGGCAAGUACCGUGCGCUGGAGGGCAAGAACGUGUGCGCUGCCUACUGGAAGGCCCGCAAGACUGGCGGAGGAGGACUUUGCUCGGGGCUUUGGCUUCCAGAUGAGCACCUGCUCGCCCAGAGCCGCUUCAAAGAGUUCCAGAGCAUGAUCCAAGAGGAGGAGGAUGAGCCGCUGAGAGAGCUCGCGGAUCAAGGCAAUACGACAAAUUCCACUCUUCAGACGCAGUUCAAAGAGGACAGGAAGGGCUUCUCCUUCAUCUGGAGCUUCUUCGUCCUCACCUUGGGCUUCGGCGUGGUGGCCUUGAGCUUCAAGUUCCUCGGCUGGUCGGGCCUCUGGAAGGUGUGGUUGGCCGUGCUGCUGCCGCUGUGGUUCAUUUGGCCGGCCUCUUUCCUGCUGCAGUGGCGGAUCUUUGGGCCCAUCACCGGGCAGGCCCUGGUGAGCCCCGUCUUUGACACCCAGAUUGUGGGCAAGUACACGGAAAGGGCCUGGACCAUCUUCACCACGAUGUCCCUGAUCCUCGCUGUGGCCAGCCUGCCCUUGUUCAACUUUUUGCACCGCUUCGUGCACAUCUACUUCCGCGUGUCCCUGCAGCGGGCCUUCUACCAUGAUGGCGCGGACGUGCCAGUGGAGAAGGUGGCCAAGUGCCCCUUCGUGCCUGUGCUGCUCUUUGGUGCCACGUUGAACGAGUUCCAGCGUCCGGAGAACGAAGAGCCGCACUGCUUAUUCUCCCUGUCACAGCACGCCAUGGGCUGCCAAAGGACCAACUUUGUACGCUGCCCUCAGUGGAUGACGCUCUCCAAGUGCAUGACUUUGAGCUGCGCUGCCAUUGAUGGCUUCGUGCUUACUCAAAUCAACAAGUGGCACACGCGCAUCCUGAUGGCGAUGCUGAACCUCACCCAGGGCGACUGGCUCCGCUUCGACAUUGGUCAGAACUGGCACUCCCUGUCGGGGAGGUUUCCCGCACUCGUGGAUCAGCCACACAUCGCCAGCCUCAUCGACAGGAUGCCGGACAUGAUCCUCUUCGCCUGCAUCUACCUCUUCAUCCUCAUCGCCAACCUGAACUCCACCUACAGCUCGGGCACUGAGCUCGACAACUGUGACACCUUCAAGUUCUUCCGGAACCUGUCCGCUGCCUUGAUCGGCAUCUUCAUAGGCAUUUUCAGCUUCUUCGGCCAUGUGCCCUGCUUGUCCUGGUUGCUCUCAUCGCCCCUCAUCCGGCAGAUCCACAUGCCUCUCGGAUUCUGA